CUUAUCGGCGCUAAUCGCGCGACGGUGAUAAGGCCACCGCUUGCGCCGAUCCUGCGGCACGCGCGCGGCUGCGAUUCCUCUUCGCGUGCUCCCGGCUGGCAACGAUCGAUUCCGCGCACACCUACGUCUUAACCGGCGUGACUUUCCGCCGCGUCUAAGCACGCACCGCGCCCUAUUUUUGGCUGAAUUAUUGACGGGGAUCGAUCCACCGUGAUUACGCGCGCGCUGUCGCACGCAGCCGUCCACGCAGCCACGCGCGCAUUUAUGCAAGUGCGUCACCUCGAAGUCGCGUCGCGUCGCGUCGCGAGUGUGCACCGGAGCCGAGGAGGAGCGUACGCGAUGCAUUGUUAUCCUUGCCGCGGCGUGUGUACUCCGCGUAGCGCGUGCUGUGUCCCCGCGGGCACGUGGUGAGACUGGUCGACUGGUGAUUGAUUGAUCGAUCGAUCGAUCAACGAGUGCCGCGUGAUCUUAUCUUGCGAUCCGGACUUGCCUUCACGUUAUCAGGUUUUUUCCUCUCAAGACACGUACGCGUCUAUUUAUCUGUCAUUUGCUUAUCUAUUCGUCUCUCCGAAUACCUUCUUUCAUGAUAAAUAAUAAAGUACACGAACUUGGCGUCUACAGUUGGAUUAAUCUCACCAGGCGGAUGUUAAUCGGGCAUCCGGCAGGCCCCGCUUUCGCUCGAUCGGUCUUCUGAAACAGAUAAAACAUGUCGGAUGUUGAAGGAGACGAUGAGUUCCAAGACGCGCAGGAAUCUCUGCAAAUCACCUCCAUGGAUUUGGAUACGGCGAUAAUGGAGGCGAAGAAGGCGAUAAACCUCUUUUUCAACAACGAAUUUGAAAAAGCCAAGGAGAUCCUGCAGCCGUGGGCAGACAGCAGCAUGUACCACUCUCUGGGGGCCACCGUGUUGGCGUUUCUCGAGGCGAUUUUUUCCUUCGAUGUGAAAUGCCUGGGUAACGCGAGGGAGACGGUGAAGCAGUGCAUGCACGUGUGCUCCAAACAUCGCAAGCAAAGCUCCAUCACGCAGAACUUCGGAAAAAUGGUCAAAGGGGUCAACUAUGACGAUUAUACAAUCGAGGAAGUGCAUGCUGAACUCUGUUAUGCUGAGUCGCUCCUCAUAAAGUCGAUGCUCACGCUUGUGGAAGAUGAAAGUCUGAUCAGCUUUGUCAGGGCAGGAUUGAAAAUUCGUUCCUGUUUCUUGUCGUACAAGGAGUGCAUGACGAUCCUGAACAAUCGCAAUUGGGAUAAUGACAUUCACAAGGUGCACUUUGAGAGCGGCGUUCGUAUGGGUAUCGGUACAUUCAAUUUGUUGAUAUCAAUGUUACCGACGCGAGUUGUCAAGUUGGUGGAAUAUGUCGGAUUCUCCGGCGAUAAGGAAUACGGCCUAUCAGAAUUGAUGACAGGCUACGGACAGAGGACAGGUCUCCGACACAUCUUAUGCGUGAUAACUUUGUUGUCAUACCAUCUGAUCUUCAUGUUUAUGCUGUGCUACAUGGACGGUGAUCUGGAUUGGUGCGAGCAGGUGUUGAACGAAAAGCUGACGCUCUAUCCGAAAGGAGUGUGGUUUUUGUUCUUCAAGGCCAGGCUGGAGUUAAACCGCGGCCAUAUCGAGGACAGCAUAAAUUGGUACACUAAGUCAUGGAAGAGCCAGACCAUGUGGCCGCAGUUCCAUCAUCUGUGCUUCUGGGAGUUAAUGUGGACGAAUUGCAUGCUACAAGAGUGGAACGAAGCGCUUUCGUUCGCAAUGAAGCUUUUGCAAGAGUCUAACUGGUCUCCUACCAUCUACUCGUAUCAGAAAGCGGCAAUCCUCAUCAUGCAAAAAUCGUCGAACUAUAGCGAUGAACAACUGAUAGACAAGCUGAUGGUUCAGGUGCCUGUCUACAAGCAACGUAUCGCCGGCAAGUCCGUGCCGAUAGAGAAGUUCGUGAUCAAGAAGGCGGAGCGUUACUUCGCGCAGAAAAAGUUCCUGCUCGUUCCCAUGUUUGAAAUGAUGUAUGUAUGGAAUUUCUUCCGAAUACUUGGCAAACGGCCAGACUUGAUGCUGGAUAUAUACAAAACACUGGAAGAGGAGGAAAAAGCAUUCGAAAUGGCACCGAAAAACGAGUUCGACGCAGAUAACAGAGCACUGCUGUUGCUACUGAAAGGCGCUUGCCUGCGACAGAUGCAGCAUCCUCUGCAGUCGGAGGAGUGUCUGCGUCGUGUCCUGCGGCUGGAGAAAUCUAUUAAAGAGGACACGUACUUAAUACCUUAUGCUAUCGUAGAGUUAGCACUAUUGGCCCUGGACCAACAUGCCUACAAAGAAGCUGCAAGUUAUCUGCAAGAUGUCAAGAAGAACUACACAGGCUAUUUAUUGGAAUCCAGAUUGCACCUCAAAGUACAUGCGAAUUUAAUGAUGACUGAGAAUAUGAGCAAUGACACACCGGAGGACGAACGAGUAGAAUUUACUGCCAAUAACUUAGCCGCGGGUCCAAGCACAUGAGUUGGUGAUCCCUCUUUCGAAAGGCCUUGUGCAUAGCUUUCCUUCGAUGUUACGCUAAGAGAAGGCUCUUACGGAUCCAUCGGAACCUCUACAAUGGUCGGACGGACUUUCGUUAGUAGUGUUCGUAGUGUUCGAUAUCAAAUGUAUAAAUUAUUAUAUUUUCCUCCACGAGGAGAUGAAUAAGAUAGCGUACGAGGCUCGACAAUCCUUCGUGAGGAUAAAUCGAGAUAACUUUAUUGUGCAACUGAUUAUAAAUUAUAUUUCUUUGCAAAAUGACGGGGAGAAGAUUGCAGUAUAUUCUACGAAACUUUACGCGAAGGUAGCGCGAAAAGUAUAUGUUUUAUAGGGAUUAAUAUUAUUUAUAUUUACAUAUUCUAUACAUAAAUAAUUUUUUUUCACAAAAAAAUCGGUGAGAUCUUGAGAGUGAACUGUAAUCGUCCAAUAUAAUUGGUGAAAGAUUGUUAUCAAUUGCAAUUGACUUGCAAGACUAUAUAUGCUAAUAUGACUUGGUAAUCCUCACUUGGUGAUGGAUUAUGUAGAUGGAAUAAUAAAGUGAUUUCUCAAAAUAA